GUGAGGUCUAAAACCCUAACAAUCCAGCAAGCAUAGGAUUGUUAGUAAAAAAAGAAAAGAAAAAAGGUAGUCCUGCUCUGGUCUAGUAAACCAAACCAACAACGAAUCCGUUAACGCGACAAAACGUCGCAUGCAUUUGCUGCCAACUUCUUCUCCUCCUUCGCUGGUACGACUACUGGUCUCUGCUCUCAUUUCACCGUCCUCCUCCCUCCUUCGCCCCCUCCAACCACCCAUCUCCCUCCUUUCUCGCCGCCCCCUUACCGCAUCAACUCUCCCAAUGCCCGACGGCGACGACUCCCUCCUCCGCAAGGCAUUAGCCGACAAGCUGGCUACCAUCCAAGCCCAAGCCAACGCCGUUCGCCAAUUGAAGGCCUCCGGAGCUCCCAAGUCCGAUAUCGACGCCGCUGUUCAAUCCCUCAAUGCCUUGAAACUGGACAAGGCUUCCCUCGAGACCCAGUUCCUCCAAUCCGCCACCAACAACCGGGACGCCUUCCGUCAGGCCCUCGUUAACACCCUCGAACGCCGUUUGUUUUACAUGCCUUCCUUUAAGAUAUAUCGAGGAGUCGCUGGUCUUUAUGAUUAUGGGCCUCCAGGCUGUGCCGUCAAGUCCAAUGUCCUCGCUUUCUGGCGUCAGCAUUUUGUUUUGGAGGAGAACAUGUUGGAAGUUGAUUGUCCCUGUGUUACCCCUGAAAUUGUCCUCAAGGCAUCAGGCCAUGUUGAGAAGUUCACUGAUCUCAUGGUUAAGGAUGAGAAGACUGGCACCUGUUAUCGAGCUGAUCAUUUGCUCAAGGAUUACUGCAAAGACAAGCUUGAAAAGGACUUGACCAUCACUGCAGAAAAGGCUGCAGAGCUGAAACAUGUUCUUGCACUUCUUGAUGAUCUCUCAGCUGAGAAGCUCGGUGCAAAGAUCAAGGAAUAUGGAAUAACCGCACCAGAUACUAAAAAUCAUCUUUCAGAUCCAUAUCCAUUCAAUCUCAUGUUUCAAACAUCAAUUGGACCCUCUGGCCUGAGCCCUGGGUAUAUGCGUCCUGAAACAGCACAAGGUAUAUUUGUAAACUUUAAGGAUCUUUAUUAUUACAAUGGGAACAAGCUUCCCUUUGCUGCUGCUCAAAUUGGUCAGGCUUUUAGAAAUGAGAUAUCUCCAAGACAAGGCCUCUUGAGAGUCCGUGAGUUCACAUUAGCAGAGAUUGAGCACUUUGUUGAUCCCCAGGAUAAAUCUCACCCAAAAUUUUCUGAAAUUGCAAGCUUGGAGUUUCUAAUGUUUCCAAGGGAAGGACAAAUGUGUGGGCAAUCUGCAGAGAGACUUCAGAUUGGUGAAGCAGUUGCAAAGGGAAUUGUCAAUAAUGAGACACUUGGCUACUUCAUUGGGAGAGUUUAUCUAUUCCUAACACGGCUGGGAAUAGACAAGGAACGGUUGCGCUUCAGGCAGCACCUUGCAAAUGAGAUGGCUCACUAUGCUGCAGAUUGUUGGGAUGCUGAAAUUGAAUGUUCUUAUGGCUGGAUUGAAUGUGUUGGAAUUGCAGAUAGAUCCGCAUAUGAUCUCUGCGCUCACUCGGACAAAAGUGGUGUAGCUCUUGUGGCUCAAGAGAAGUAUUCAGAACCGAGAGAAGUUGAGAAAUUGGUUAUAGCUCCAGUGAAAAAGGAACUUGGCCUUGCAUUCAAAGGGAACCAAAAGAUGGUCACUGAAGCUCUGGAGGUAAUGGACGAGAAAGUGGCUCUGCAGAUGAAGGCUGAUCUGGAAUCCAAAGGAGAGGUAGAGUUUUACAUAUGCUCUCUUGGGAAAAACGUAACUGUUAAGAAAAACAUGGUAUCUAUUUCCAAGGAGAAAAAGAAAGAGCACCAGAGAGUGUUUACUCCUUCUGUGAUUGAGCCAUCUUUUGGGAUUGGUCGGAUUAUAUACUGUCUUUUCGAGCACGCUUUCUACACCAGGCCAAGUAAAGCUGGGGAUGAGCAGCUAAAUGUAUUCCGUUUCCCUCCUCUUGUGGCACCCAUAAAAUGCACAGUGUUCCCACUGGUUCAGAAUCAGCAAUAUGAAGAAGUUGCAAAAUUCAUUUCCAAAUCACUGACUGCAGCUGGAAUUUCGCAUAAGAUUGACAUUACAGGCACUUCCAUAGGAAAACGUUAUGCCAGAACAGAUGAACUUGGUGUGCCCUUUGCGGUCACAGUCGAUUCAACGUCAUCAGUUACAAUCCGGGAGAGGGAUAGCAAGGAUCAAAUUCGUGUUAAUGUGGAAAAUGUGGCUGCAGUAGUCAAGGAGGUGACUGAUGGACAGAGCACAUGGGAUGACAUUUUAAAGGCAUACCCACUUCAUUCUUCAGGGUCUGUAGAUGAGGAGUGAGUGACUUGCUGAUUUUGGAUGGCUAGAACUUUUUCUUUUUCUUUUAUUUUUUUUUUCCCAUAGGAAUUAUAUUGACAACAAAGUGAUUACAUAUAUUGAGCAACUUGGAUGGCCGGAACUUGGAGCCACAGUUUUGUUUCUUUUCAUUUGUGGACCUCUUGGCUGAAUACGUUGCAAGUUUCUGCUUACACCUAGCCCUGGUAUUUAACUCAAUAGGAGGUUUGCUUGAGCAUCAACGUGCAAUUUUUGGGACAAAGUUUAGAAUUC